UCCCGCUUCGGCCGUGGCGAUGGAGGAGCUUGAGCUUGUGGUGGAGAACAUUGAGGAGCUGGUGGCGGAUGAGAAUCGGAUCGUCACGUACAAGAUGCUGAGCCAGUUCCUGAGCAUUCAUGUUAACCAGGCAAAACAAAUGCUGUAUUACUACGUGGAGAGAAAGCGGAAAGAAAAUUCUGGAGCCCAACUCCAUGUGACGUAUCUCGUGUCUGGGAAAGCAGUUGAAAAUGGAAUGUUGUGUCACAAGGUAGCAGUGGUGAGAGAAGAUCAGCUGGAAGCAGUGAAACUGAAGAUGCUGGUGAUUGCGAGUGUCCAUGUUUACAGUAUUCAGAAAGCAAUGUUGAAGGAUAGCAGCCCCCUCUUCAACACUGAUUAUGAAGCAAUCAAAGAAAACCUUCAGAACAGCAAUAAGUACAGCGCCAUUCGAUGUGCUGAUGCUGUUCCUCGGUCAGCAGAGGAGAUGGCUCGGCUGCAGAAGUCACUCCAACAGUCCUCGCGGUGUUCUAGUGAGACAGAGAGCAGCAGCAAACCCAUCGUAAAUGGCAAUGUGCCCACAGCCCCUAAAAAUGUUCCUCAGCAGCCCAAAGGAAUCAUGGGGAUGUUUUGUGCCAAAACCACUGCCAAGACACACGAUAAAGAGGUCAAGGGGGAGCCAGUCGUGGUGAAAGACGUGGAGAGUGCUGCUCCUUCAGGGAGUAAAACAACAAACAAAGGCAACAGCUUCACCAACUUUUUUCUGAAAGCUAGUGCUAAGAAAAGUUCGCCUCCAUUCAGUCAAGUCACUGAGGAAGAAGAUCUUCUGGCCAAAUCCACUCUGGAAAAUGCAGAGAUGGGGGACACUCCUGUAGUGGAAGAUAGCAAUGUCAAACCUGUAUCAGACAGAGACAGAGGGGGAGGUGGAGAGAGGUCCCCAACAAGUAUGGCUUCAACACAGAAACCACUGGCAAAUCAAGAGAAAAUCCUGACAAAGAAGGACAUGGUGAACAAACAACAACAAAAAGGUGGUCAAAGCAGCAAGAAAACCAAGCGCAACGUUCCGUUAACCAGUGAAGAGGAGGAACCUUGUAUCAAACGGAGAAGGAGGAUCAGACAGCCUCAGUCAGACAGCAGUGAUGACGAAGUAAUCCCAGAUUCUCCUGAAGCUUGCGAUAUAAGGACUCCAUCACCAUCCCCUGAAGAACCAACUGGGGAAGAGGAUAUAUCACCUCAGUGCUUUGCGGACAUCGAGGUUAAGCCACCAUGUUGGGAAAAUGCAGAUGGAUCCCAGAAAGCCGUAGGAGUAAAACGUAGGAAACGGCGGCGAGUUCUCAAAUCCAAGAUGUUUCUGGAUGAAGAGGGUGCUAUGGUGACAGAAAAGGUUUAUCAGAGUGAGUCGUGUACAGACAGCGAGGAUGAGUUUGUGGCCAAGCAACAAGAGUCGAAGAAUCUCUUGGGAUCCAAACCAGCCGCCACAAAGAGCACAUUGGGAAACAAAGACCAGUUAAAGGAGCAGAAGGAUAAGAAAGCAGCAGCUUCCAGCAGGGCAGGCAAGCAGGCGUCCAUCAUGGGAUUCUUCAAAAAGGCUGUCUAGUGGCAGCUUCCAUCUCGUCUCGUGCUGACCCAGCCUCAGUCAACUGGUGUUGAAUGUGCAUCAUCAAUCAUUGUGGACAGAUAUUGAUAUCUAAACCAGAGUCCGAAAAGCUAACCAUUGGCUCUUGGUUUAUUUGAGACAAGCAAUAAACAAGAAGGAAAGCUGGUGCUGGACAAAUCAGGUGUGUGGGAAGGGUCACCCAUAACUGAGUGAUGCAGUUCAUAUACCUCGAGUGGCACUCAAGUUGGAGACUAUUUCUCAUUGCACAUUUAAACAUUGUAUAUUAUUGUCAGGAGUCUUUCUGCUCCGCCACUGCUUUGGGAAUAAUCUUCGAACUUUAUUCCAAAUGGUACUACUUCUUUGUCUUUUAUUGAGAUGAUAUCGACCAACUGGAUCUCUUCAGCUUUCUGAAGUGAUCAUCAAUAAGAGUGUUUCAAACAGAUGCCUGUGUACACAUGGUAGUUACAGGAUAGGGUUUUAAUCAUCUCCCAGGUUGAGUCUGUUUCAGCAGAUAAUGUUAAAAAUUGUUUGAGAUCAAAAACCAGGAGAGAAACAACGUAUGUUUGUUUUUUGAAAAGCAAUUAUUUGUGAACAGUUUCAGAUGGGUUGUGAUUUUGACAUUUGGAAGGAUGAGCUUCCUUACCCUGUAUGCUGCUUUGGCCUCUAUACUGUUACAACACAUGUUACUACUUUACAUUGCUGCCUUGCACACUGUUUUGUGUCAUUGUGGAGUAUCUCAAUAGCCCUUGUAAAGUCCUUGGAAGCAGGUUAACAGAUUUUAGGAAUUGUUUCUGGAGCGUUCCUCUUGUCCCCACCAGGUUCAACACUGGGUACAGUUCAAUAGUUUCACAACAACCCGUGAUUAUCUUCUGCCUGAGCCUUCUGUGACCAGGGAAAUGUUUAUAGAUUUUAGAGGACAUUACAAUGUUGUUUCCACAAGUCACUGGACAGUGAACAUGUGUACAACACAAUUAAUUUAGUUCCAUUUUCCUUAAUUUGGCACUAAACCCAGCAUAUUCACUGCCCCAGGCAAUAUAAGCUAUGCCUUCCCACUCUGAUUCUGAUAUGUAACCCAGUCUGUUUGACUCGUACAUUUGCACCAGAUGAUUACAUUUAUUUAUUGAGAGUCCCCCACCUCACAUCCCAAGUGAGCUGUAAGGAAUGCUUUCAAUGACAGGAGUUCUGCAGUUUUCUAAAUACAGUCAGUCACAGGAGUUUUCAUUUUACUGCAUAGAUUAAAGGAGUUUAUCCUGACUAUCAACCAGUUCUGUUCAGUUCAACAUUGGGAUGGGAUACACUCUACAGGUAUUCACGUGAACUUUUAAUCAAUAAGUAGCAGUGGGAAUUGUGGAGACUGGCAGUGGCCCUGACAAGGUGCUUAUUUGUAAAUGAACGGUACUGGGGAGGAUCACAAUACUUAUUGUAUUCCUCCAGGGCUCAGUGUAAGCCAACAGUACCCAAAGUCUGUGAAGUUCUGAAUAUUGUGAUAUUUGUGCAAAUGUCCUGCUUUGUAAGCAGGAACACUGGACACAUGUCCUUCCACUUACUAUUCGGUUGAUAGUCUGAAAUAUCCAAUGCCAAUUAAACUUGUAUUCAUUGCUAUGUAUCUUUACUUGCAGCACAGAAAGUACUGAUUAUUACCCCUAGCAGUUGCAAUUCUGAGGACUGUUGAGGAUAUGGUUUCUGGGGGAGUUCAUCAGUCUAAGAAUUCACAAUCAUAAAGGGGACUCUCCCAGCAACGUACAUGUAACAUUCAGACAUAAUUUCAUUUGUACUUCAGACCUUGUAAAUGGAACUGGGCCACCUUGAUGGUUGUGUUGGUGGAGUGGGGUGGGGUGGUGAUAUAUAAUUAACAGUUUCCUGUUUUAAAGUUUAUCAUACGUGA